CUAUUGUGUCCUUAAAUAUGGACGUGUUCCAGUCAUCUCUCUCCAUGCAAUCUUAAGCUCUCUCAAUCUCUCCCUCUCUGAUCUCAAUCUCUCUCUGGCAAACCAAAGAACCGCGACAAUGGAAUUGUUUCAAAGAACCAGAAUAUCGAAUAUUAUCGAGAUCGCUUUGGUAUUUCUCACCCUGGCUCUAGCAAAUUCAAGAGUGGUAGAAUCCAGGAAACAUCGGCCCACGCCAUUGUGCAAUUUCCAAGCAAUAAACUGCCGCAAGCACAGCGCAGUUUUGACGGAUUUCGGAGGCAAGGGAGAUGGAAAAACAUCCAACACCAAGGCCUUUCAAUCCGCCAUCAACCACCUAAGCCAGUACGCGUCAGACGGUGGAGCGCAGCUCAUUGUGCCCCCCGGAAGAUGGCUCACCGGAAGCUUCAAUCUCACCAGCCAUUUCACUCUCUAUAUCCACGAGAAAGCCGUUAUUCUUGCUUCCCAGGAUGAAUCCGAGUUUCCUCUUAUUGAGCCAUUGCCUUCGUAUGGGAGAGGAAGAGAUGCUCCUGGCGGACGCUACAUCAGUCUAAUUUUUGGAAUAAAUCUCGUCGAUGUCGUUAUUACAGGUGGAAAUGGCACGAUCGACGGACAGGGCUCACCCUGGUGGGUCAAAUUCCGCGCCGAUAAGCUGAAAUACACCCGGCCCUACCUUAUCGAGAUCCUGUAUUCAAAACAAAUUCAAAUAUCCAAUCUCACAUUGGUAAACUCUCCAUCUUGGCACGUCCAUCCCGUUUAUUCCAGCGAUAUUAUAAUCCAAGGGCUGACAAUCCUUGCCCCGGUUGAUUCUCCCAACACUGAUGGAAUUAACCCAGAUUCCUGCACGAACACCCGCAUCGAAGACUGUUUCAUAGUCUCCGGCGAUGACUGCGUAGCGGUAAAGAGCGGGUGGGACGAGUACGGCAUCAAAGUCGGACUGCCGACCCAGCAACUCGUCAUCCGCCGCCUCACGUGCAUCUCCCCGGACAGCGCCGUCAUCGCCCUGGGCAGCGAGAUGUCCGGUGGCAUCCAGAACGUCAGGGCUGAGGACAUCACCGCCAUCAGCUCCGAAUCCGGGGUCCGGAUCAAGACGGCACCCGGACGCGGGGCCUACGUGAAAGACAUCUUUGUACGACGUAUGACCUUGCAAACCAUGAAGUACGUUUUCUGGAUGACGGGCAGUUACGGGUCCCACGCGGACGACGGGUUCGACCCCAAAGCUCUGCCCGUCAUCCAGAACAUUAAUUUCAGGGAUACGGUUGCCGAGAACGUUACCAUUGCUGCGAAGUUGGAGGGGAUUAAGGGUGACCCGUUUACGGGAAUUUGUAUGUCGAAUGUGACCAUUGGGAUUUCGAAAUUGUCGAAGAAGAAGCCUUGGAAUUGUAGCGACAUCGAGGGUGUUACGAGCAAAGUGAGUCCUCAGCCGUGUAGUUUGUUGCCGGACAAGGAGCCUGGGAGUUUGAAAGCCUGUGAUUUUCCAGAGGAUAAGCUGCCUAUUGAGAGUGUUCCGUUGAAGACUUGCUCUAUCAUUGGUGGGAAAUAUUUCUGAGAUGUAGCUGUUUGAUUAAAACCAUAUUGGUUCACAAUAAAAUUGAAUGCAAUGAGAAACUUUUGCUAGUUUGAUCUCUUGAUAA